UGAGGUGACAGUGACGGACAACCACGCGGAGAGUCCCCACGUGCGACCGACCCCAUGACCUCGCCAUAAUCCGGUCGCGUUAAACUUUAUUUCGUCCUCUAAUGGAGAGGACUCCCCGCUUUGUUUACAUCUGACAGACUAGCCACGCGGUGCCUGGGCACUUCCUCUUCGGAGGCCUCGCCCCCAGCAGCUGUCACCGCCGCGGCCACGCCUCCUCGCUCUGCCGGGUAACUUAUAAACAUACUUUUCCUUUACUUUGGCGCAGUAAAGACAGACUAUAUGGAAACAGUGUGCAGGAACACGCCGCAUAGAAGCGACGCGGGGUUGAGCCGAGCAGAGACACGGACGCAGAGAGGCGGCGGGUCCGUGCGUUUAGCGCCAAAGUCAGACCCACUCCUCCGUGACGUUGACGCGUAAAGUCAUCUGUUCCCUACAAGGCGCCAGCUCAGAGGAACUAGCCCGGCCUGGAUGCACACACACACAGACACACAGGGAGAGAGAGACAGAGAGACAGAGCACCCCACAAGAAGUCGGCAAAGUGACCUAGUAUUCAUAUUUAUUCAUCCGACGCGAGUGAACUUCAAGCGCAGGAUCUUGAGGGAAGAGACAGAACCGAAGUCUGCUGCUCCCGAGGCGCCCAAAGAAACUACAUCACGACCGAGAAAGAGGAAGGCAGAUGUUGCCAUUUAUUUACAGGAUCCAGAUGAGGAGGUAGCAGAGAUGACGAAGAAGAAGCAGCGUGAAUGCGAGCUGGGCUGGAGUCCCGACGCCGGUUACACGAGUCCUCAGAGGUGGAUCCCCACGCCUGACCAGGAAGAGGACCAACCAGUUGCCCUAAUUAACGCAGGUUUCCCCCACUACAACUUCAACAACGUGUUUGUUACACCCGUACGUUGCGCACCGCUUCCUGCGCUGUGCUGGGCCAGUAAGGACGUGGUUUGGAACAACAUGUUGGAGAAGGAUAAGACCUACAUCAGGGACGUCAACGUGUUGGAGAAACAUCCUCAUCUGCAGCCCAAGAUGCGGGCAGUUCUCCUGGACUGGCUCAUGGAGGUGAGUGAGGUGUACCAUCUGCACAGGGAGUCGUAUCACCUCGCUCAGGACUACUUUGAUCGCUUCAUGGCCACGCAGAGAAACGUCUUCAAGUCAACGCUGCAGCUCAUAGGCAUCACCUGUCUCUUCAUCGCUGCCAAAGUAGAGGAGAUGUAUCCUCCCAAGUGCCACCAGUUUGCUUAUGUUACAGACGAAGCCUGCACUGAAGAUGAGAUUCUCAGUAUGGAAAUCAUUAUUAUGAAGGAGCUGAAGUGGAAUCUCAGCCCACAGACUCCCAUCUCCUGGCUCAAUGUUUACAUGCAGGUGGCCUACCUGAAAGAGGAGGACGAGCUGCUCAUCCCCAAAUAUCCCCAGAAAACGUUCACACAAAUCGCAGAGUUGUUGGACCUGUGUAUGCUAGAUGUGCGCUGCCUUGAAUUUUCCAAUGGCAUCCUUGCUGCUUCAGCCUUGUUUCACUUCUCCUCUCUGGAGCUGGUGGAAAACGUCUCAGCUCUAAAGAGGGUGGAGGUCGAGCAGUGCGUGAGGUGGAUGGUGCCGUUCGCCAUGGCGCUGCGGGAGGUUGGUGGGUCGUCUAUGAAAACAUUCUCAGGAAUCCCUGUAGAUGACAUGCACAACAUCCAGACCCAUGUCGCCUACAUUACGUGGCUGGACAAGGCCUACUCUUACCAGGAUGUGGAGUUGGAGCGUCAUGGCAACUGCCCCGUACCUUCAGGUGUCUUGACUCCACCCCAGAGCAGUGAGAAAACCGAGGAGUCAGUCCGAGUGGAUACCGCAGUGCUGAAAAUCCGCCCCAGGAUUCGUACUCCAUCCCCACAACGGCACCUUCCAAAGUAGUGGAGCAAACACUGAAACUGACGAGAAAACAGCAAAUCCUAAGUAGAUGUUUUUACAUUUUAGCUGUAAGCAGAAGAAAAACAACUCUGCGACCACUGCAGUACCUGUGCACACAUGUACGAUGGAUUUUUCAGUGGAGGAACAUUGAUGGAAAUAUUUUUUUCCCUUUCAAAGUCAUGCUGAUUUCUUGGAUCUACACACUUUUGAAUCUCUGUCUCACACAGGGACUUUGACUAAAUUGGAGAAACACUGACGCACAGUAAGCACAUGGUUUGGAUGGCCUCUAUCCUCACAGGAAUCUUACCUAUUUAACCCUCCAGUUGAGAUAAAAACACAAAGAGAAGGGCUGUUAGAGAUGGCACGGCCCAAAAGGAUAUAUACUUAUAUAUUUUUUGAAUAGCAUUGCACCCAAAUGCUUGCAUUAAUUACAAAUAACACCUACAUUUUGUGGUUGCCAUUUUUAUUUUCUAUGCAGAGGCCAAAUUUAAUGGACAUUUUAUAGAGUCUCUACUUGAUUAAGUGUGUGUCUGUGUGUGUGUGUGCGUGUGUGUGUUUGGGGGGAGGUUGAUUGCGGUUUUUAAUCUAUUAGUGGCCUCAUUUGCCCAAAAACUAUUCCUAGGGUCAUAUUUGGCUCUUUGUGCUGCUAUAAAAGUGGGCUUUGCAUGAUGGAGGGGGAAGAGUCUGUUUGUGUGUGUGUGUGUGUGUGUGUGUGUGAAAUUGUGUGUUGCUCUUGUUUUUGGUUCUACUCUUGCCAUUUUUUUUGGACAAAACAUGGCCAUGUUUUGCUUGGGGACCAGUAGCUUGGCUACCUAAAUGGACAAGUGAACCAGCCGGGCUUCAGAAGCUAAAAUAUUGAUUGUAUUUAACUUUUUAUUUUUUAUCUCAACCUGCAUUUUGUUUCCCCACCACGAAAAUGUAAGGUUUUUAUUUGACUUUUUAAAAUAAAAUGCUGCUACAUAUUUUUCAUUGAA